AUGAUGAACAGUGAAUGCAAUACGCCGCUACAUGAGGCGGUGAAGCAGCGGCGGAGCGCGGUGGCGCUGCGGCUGCUGGAGGUGGAGCCCAACUGCGGGCACACGCCCAACGUGGACAUGCAGACGCCGCUGCACAUCGCCGCCCGGGAGGGCCUCACCGACGUCGUCGAAAAGAUCCUCGACAUCCCAUGGGUCCCCGAGAAGUUCGUCGCCACAGCCAACGUCCGCGGCACCGCCCUACACCAGGCCGUCCUUGGUGGCCACACCCGGGUGGUGGAGAUAUUGCUGAUAAGGACGGCGCCGGAUCUGAUCGACAUCACGGACUCGGCCGGCAGCACGGCGCUGCACUACGCCGCGCAGAAGAACGACACGCGCAUGGUGAGUAUGCUGCUCGACCUCAAGCCUGAACUGGCCAGCCGGCCCAACGACCGGCAGCAGUCGGCGCUGCACGUCGCCGCCGUAAACGGCUCGAUCGCGGCGGCGACGGAGAUACUGCAGCACAGCCCCGAUGCGGCGGAGAGUAAGGACAAGGACGGGAGGAACGCGGUCCAUGUCGCCGUGUCCAAUGUGGACACGCUCAGGGGCCUCCUCAAGGUGAUCGGCCCGGCGGAGGUGAUCAACCAGGGGGACAGCGCCGGCAACACGCCGCUGCACCUCGCCGCCAAGAUGGCGCACGUCCAGUCAACGCUGACGCUGCUCAAGGACCCCCGCGUCAACCCCUGCCUCCUCAACCGGGACGGCCACACCGCGCGCAGCCUCGUCGAGGAGCGUCUCGCCGUCGGCGAGAUGGACGCCUACGUCGUCUACCUCUGGGAGAAGCUCAAGAAGCAAGAGGAGUCCCGGUGCAAGAACCUGCAGCACCUCCCGCCGGUGGCGACGUACCAGUCGCUGCGCAGGCGCAGCCACAGGUCAGCUGGCUCCGGCAACGGUGACUACUUCGAGCUCGGCGUCGGCACCUACACCCUCGUGGCCACUCUCAUCGCCACCGUCACCUUCGCCGCCACCUUCACCAUGCCCGGCGGCUACAACCAGACCUCCGGCCUCGCCAUCCACGCCGACCGCGCGGCGUUCGACAUCUUCCUUGUCUCCAACACCGUCGCCAUGUGCAGCUCCAUCACCGUCGUCUUCUGCUUCAUCUGGGCGUGGCGCGACCCCGUCAAGUUCAACCUCGAACACCUGAGGUGGGUACACAUGCUCACCGUCAUAGCCUGCCUUGCCAUGAUCGUCUCCCUCAUGACCUCCGUCUACCAAGAGGUGGCCGGCGUACCUGGUGAUCACCAUCGGCGCCUGCACUCCGGUCGUCGUGAUACUCAUAUUAGGGAAGGAGGCUUUCUACAUACCGUUUGUUCAGAAGACACUGCUACCGGUUGA